UUCUUCUAAACUACAACAACCAGGAUGUGGCUCUCGACACACACCGCGUUAUUAUCUUUAAUAAAUUUCAUUAUUUUCCUUCAGCAUGGCGUGUUUGGACUCCAGGACGUGACUGCAGAUUUAUUUGGGGCGGAAAAUGUGGGCACGGUGGCCGCGUUUGGAGAUUUUAACUCGGAUAAACAGACUGAUGUUUUCGUCAUCAGAGAAGACUCUGAACUGGUGAUUUUCUUGGCUGAUGUUAAAGCUCCGUAUUUUAAACCCAAAGUUCGUGUAAAGAAAGACGCGUUUCCAAGUGAGGUCAGUGUGAUCAGCAGUGUGGUUCCAGCUGAUUAUGAUGGAGAUUCUCAGAUGGAUGUUCUGCUCACUGGCCACGCGACAGGAUCAUCCCUGCUGCAGACCAGCGUCUUCGUCUUCUGGGGGAACAACCAAACUCUGAAUCAGAGCGCCAGAGUUGACCUGAACAGGACAUUUAAGGAUCAACCUCUUGUUAUGGACUUUAAUGGCGAUAUGAUUCCGGAUAUCUUCGGAGUGGUGGGCGAUUCCACAGAGGUCUGCUAUCUCCGUGGCCGGAAGCUGAAGUGUGAGAAAGCUCUGGGGUCAGACGUGCAGAUCCGCGUUCCUCACUCCAACGCUUUCAUCGACCUCAACAAGGACUUCACAGCCGAUUUGUUUCUCAGCGCAGGAUCGAAUUCAGUAUUCGGGUUCGAGACUUGGAUCAAUACGGAUGGAAACUUCACCAGGAACUACACGGCAAAGGCACCAGAGAACGUCAAACAGGUGGGCCAGUCUGCGUUCGUCGAUUUCGACGGAGACGGUUCUCAGGAUCACCUCCUACCUGUCUGCAUGGACAAAGCAUGUACAAAGAGCGCUAUUUAUCUGGAAAAGCCUGGCCAGCCUGAGUGGGUUCCGGUGCUGACGGAUUUCCAGAGGAAGGAUUCCCUCUGGGGUUUUGUUCCUCCCCCGGACACGCCCCAGCCAGGCGAGUUUCAUCCCUUCAUCACGUUACACCUGGGUGACUACAACCUGGACGGCUUCCCUGACGCUCUUGCCAUCCUGAAAAACACCAGCAACAGUGCUCAGCAGCAGGCGUUUCUCCUGGAGAACGUGGCGUGUAAUAACGUGAGCUGUAAAGACGCUGGACGCAUGUUCCGUGUGCACUGGGACCAGUCGGACCUGAACGCCAUCCCCAAAGCCGUUGUGGCCACGUUCUUCGACAUCUACGAGGAUGGAAUUUUGGACAUGAUUGUGCUGAGCCGGACCGAGGGGAAGAAGGAGCUGACCAUCCAUGCCCUGAAGAACAACUUUGAGGCCGACGCUUAUUUUGUCAAAGUGAUUGUACUCAGCGGGCUGUGCUCUAAUGACUGUCCUGACAAAGUGAAGCCAUUCGGUGUGAAUCAGCCCGGCCCGUAUGUCAUGUACACGUCAGUGGACUCUAAUGGCUACUUGAAGAACGCCUCUGCGGGUCAACUGAGUCAGUCAGCACAUCUCUCUCUCCAGCUUCCCUACACCGUCCUGGGCCUCGGCCGAAGUGCCAACUUCCUGGACCACCUUUUUGUUGGCAUUCCCCGCCCCCCUGGGGUCAAGGACAUGAGGAAACAGGAGUGGACUGCCAUUAUCCCCAACUCACAGCUCAUAGUCAUUCCUUAUCCAAACAGUGACCCUCGCAGCUGGAGUGCUAAACUCUAUCUGACUCCAAGUAACAUUGUGUUGCUGACGGCUGUGGCACUGAUCGGAGUGUGUGUUUUUAUCUUGAUAAUCAUCGGAGUGCUGCACUGGCAGGAGAAGAAAGCAGACGACCGCGAGAAGAGACAAGAAGCUCAUCGCUUCCACUUUGACGCCAUGUGAGCAACCGGAGUGCAUCAAGGGAAAAAUAAAGCAGUCCCUCUUAAGCAUUCAUCUCACCGGAUACUUUAUUUAUUAAUUUAUUUGAUAUGAUUUCCCCCACUGGAAAUGAUUUUUAUUUUCUGUUUCUUCUGAAUGUUACUGAACAUGUGCAAUCUUGGGAAAGUGUGGCUUUUAUAACUCACUUACGAUAUUUUCCACCUCGUAUUUGUUUGUGAUGGACGAUUACUUGAACAUUACAACAUUACAGUUUGUUUCUUAUAGUUGGAAGCAAGCAGCGGGAGUAUUGAUUUCCACAAAAAGCAAAGGAAUAUUUCGGUGCCAUUUUAUUUGUCCUACUGGCGUAAAGUGUUAUGUUAAAUGUAUUUCUUUCUCUGACCUUGCGAAAGGGAAAAGUAAAAUAAAGGGAGGAUUAGUCUUUAUUUCUGGCUCUUGUUUUGAUGCGCUUUUAACAGAAUGUCCGUAUCAGUCAUAUCUGUCUGCUCUGCUUGUUUUAAUGUCUAGCAAUGAAACUGAACAUUUUCCUUUGCUAAGCAGUGAGGUAUGCCAACCCCCCCCCCAAAAAAUCAUUUUCACUGUAAACAUUACAACUACACUGUAAAAUAUUUUCAUUUUGUAGUUUAUUUGGUUUCCUGUAAGAACUUUUCUUUUGGAAAUGGUCUUCAAUCAAUUUAUGCUGUGUUUGUUGAUUCCUUUUGCACCUCACAGCCACCAUUUCAGUAUCAUGUACUAACUAAGUAUUUGUACUCGAACAGCCCAAUAAAACAGACGAUUUCAUAGAUCUCCAUAGCAUCUUGAAUUGGAAAUAUAUAUAUCAUUUGAAACACUUAUAUCAAACUAUAACUAUGAGAUUUUGGGCAGUAGUUGUACAGUCAGCGCUGUGAAAUGAAUCUGGUUCAGGAAUCCAGUUUUAGCGUUGAUGGAAAAGCAUUACUGGAACUUGCAUUUUUAUCUUCAUUAGCCUCAAGGCUUUGGGGCACAAUUUAGAAAGCAAACCUAUCUUGCUUACAUUGCCAUAAGUAAGACUUUCAUAUUUGGCUCAAGUUUUCUUUCAAGAAUGUGAUUUUUUUUUAUGCUGGUUUCCUGCUCACCCGUUAGGUCCAACCAGCCAAGUGCAUCCACUCAAGUGCAAGAACGAGAAUAUGAAGGAAUUUGAUGUAGGUUAUUAAACAGGUUUCCCGUAGCCUCAGCUUGUAGAUAAUGAAACACCAUACAGUGCAUCAUUUUUGGUAGGGAAGUGGCAAUAGAUAUGGGUAUGAUUUUUGUGUGUGUGUGAAUUUUUUUUUGUUAAUAGAUCAAUGUCCAAAAUGUCACUUCAUCUGUAAAACACACAGUCUUACUUUUAAUUCAGCUUUCACUUUAUUGCCUUAUUGAAUUACCUGCUGUUUUGCUGUGUGGAGGUCAUUCCUGAUACUAAUACAACUUUGUCAUUAACACUGGUAUUAUAUUUAUUAUUUGUAUUGUUGGUGAUUUCUGAUGGUAUAUUAAUUUUUGUACAAUACUAGGUUAUGGGUGUGAAUUUGGAUUCAUUCAUGAUGAACUAUUCACCUUGUGACUGGUUUUCAUCAUGAUGCAUUGGUUGACACUUACAGAUUUAAUUUUAUUGAAUUUCUUUUUGUUUUUGCUUAUUUUUUUUUAUUUUUCUAUUAUCAUGAAAGGGCUUUGCAGUGAGCCCUUCCAUUAUAAUAAAACUCUAAUCAUUUCAGGGGUUUUUCACAGUUGGUUUGCGGUCUCUGAUUUAGAGAACAUUUAUAUUUUUUUGGUUUUUCACGCUGAACAUGAUUUUGUUUAAUUCAAAAGCAAAGAAAAUAAAUAAUGUCUGAAGGGUGUGUAGGGCUUAAAACACCCUCAUAGAGCUCUUUCAUUCAUUGGUUAAAAAUACAGCAACACAAUAUACAUAGAAAAAUCACAGAGUAUGGAGAACUUAGUUAUUUUCACGAUUUUGUUGGUCAUUUCAGCAGUGUUACAGCUCUGUUCUUUGGCCCAGUCUGGCUUCGUGGCUCAGUUUAGCAGCACACACAAAAAUAAUGUUGUGUUCUUACUUGCCUAAUGAACCGCAGCGAGGUUGGGAACACAUCAGGAUUGCAUUCAUACAGACUAAACACUACAUAUGUGCUACCCUUAGGGUGCUUUGCAGUGUUUAGUCCAUUAAUAAAUGGAGCCCUGGUGCAAACCCUGGAGCUGUAGUUCUGCAGAAAUCCUGUAUGUCGAGAAAAAAAAAUAACACUGGACAUGACUUGCAUGUCCCGUCAUGUUCCGUCUAUUUACGACUAAUGAAUAAAUGGGUUUCAUGAGGACUUUGUAAUGUGCAGUGUGACACCAAAUCAAACCAUGCAGCAAAAUAAAUUAUUUUCAAUCUGAUUCAUACUCCCAAACACAUUAAUGAAUAUCUCUUUGUGGUUAAAGUGGUCUGUGUGCAGCAGCUGAAACCGGACCUGUCAUGUCCAUAACACAUUUGUAAUGUCUAAAAUGUGUAUUGUAAUAAAAUGCUUCAACUGGAUUAACUUUAUGCUUGCUAGUCAUUAAAUGUAUGUGGAAAAUAAACUGUACCAAACAUUCAA